AUGCCAACUUUCGAAAGAAAACGUUAUACGGGAGUGAACACUAUAAAGAGUGAAUUUUUGUGGAAAAUAACUUCUUUUAGCAGGCAUAAGAAAGAUCCCAGACACAAGGUUGAGUUUUCACCAGCAUUUAACGUGGAUGAAAGUGAAAAUUAUUUUAAUUUUGAAUUUGUGCCAAGUGGAAAUUUGUAUGACCCGGUAAAGUACAGAUCAGUAAACUUGAUACGUGAUGAUAAUCACGAUGAUGAGUUUGUAUGUAGUUGCAAAGUUUCGUUUUUUGUUGAGGACAAGACUGUUCUAAUUGUGGCAAGAGAUAGAUGUGUUUUUAAAUCUGGAUUUCGAAAAUCUGUUGAUCUUAUUCCAGUUUAUAAUUUACUUCAUCCAGAGGAAGUAAUAUCUAACAACGAUGUCUUGAAAAUAUCUAACAACGAUGUCUUGAAAAUUUAUUGUGAAUUCGUAGUAGAGAAACCAAUGCAAGUGCAGGAUCUACCUGGAAUGAGAUUCAUCGACUUAUUUAAGAAUGAACAUUUGAGCGAUGUCAAGCUGCGUACAGAAUGUGGAACUACCAUUCCAGCUCACAAAGUCUUGCUAGCCUCGGCGAGUCCAGUUUUUGCUGCAAUGUUCAAAUCGGACAUGUCAGAAAAUGAAGAAAAUGUAAUAAAAAUAUCUGAUAUACGUUACGAAGUUCUGAUUGAAAUGUUGCGAUACAUAUAUCUUGGGAUCAUAGAUAUAAAGAAAGAUACAGAGACUUGCUGUGAACUUCUUGGUGCUGCUGAUAAGUAUGAUAUUCAAGGAUUAAGAAAAAAAUGUGAACAAGUUUUAUGUUCUUGCUUUUUACCGGAAAAUGCCAUAAACAUUUAUCGCUCAGCUACCGCAUAUAAUGCUCCCGAUUUAAAAGAAGAAGUUGUAAAAUUUAUGAAGAAGAAUGCCUCAAAAAUUAUAAAUUCUAAUGAGAUGAAAAACUUAGUGAAUCCUGAAGGCAGCAUAUUAAUUGAAUUGAUGUUUAACUAA